AUGGGGUCCCGUGCUGGGGAUCGGAUUGGCGUGCGCAGAGGGGUUCUCGCCGGGCCCCUGACUUGCCCGCUGUGCCGGGUCCUCCUGCGGGACGCGAUGGCCUUCAAGGAGUGCCUCCACACAUUUUGUCGAGAGUGCAUCAUGAAGAAAAUAGAUGACGAGGAGAUUGAAUCCUGCCCUGUAUGCGACAUUUUUCUUGGUGUUGCUCCUGAAGAAAAACUCAGGCCUGACUACAAAAUUCAAGCUCUCAGGAAUAAGUUGUUUCCGCCUAAGAGGGCAGAAGUUGAUGCUUCUACGGUUCCAACUGUAGUUGAAACUUCUCGUACAACUUCUGUCAAUAAUAAUGGAACCAAGAUGGCAAGUGCGAAUGAAAAGCAGAGCGCUAAUGGUGAAGUCCCAAUAAGGAAAGGUAACACAGCUGAGAAAAUGACUACUAUUGGAACAAGGGUGCGUGAGGCAAGCGGGAAGAAAUCUCUUAAAUCAGGUCCUAAAAGCGAUGCCGCUGAUUCUUUACGUGAUGGAAUAACUACCCCAGUGUGGUUUUCUCUAGUCACUUCACCUCACCAGCCAGAAGAGAAGCUGCUGCCUCAGAUAACAAAUUCUUACUUGAAAAUUAAAGAUGGAACCAUGAAGGUUUCCUCAAUUAAGAGGUACAUUAUGCAAAAACUUAAGCUAGCAAGUGAUGAUGAGGUGGAGAUCUUAUGCCAUGACAUCACAGUAUGCUCCUCAAUGACGGUGAAGGACCUGCUGGGGCUGUGGCUGAGCCACCAGCCAACGCAGGAGGUCCCCGUGGGCACUCCGGCGAAGCAGUUCGUCAUGGUGCUGAGCUACCGCCGGAGCGUAGCAGCCUAG